CCCAGCCCGGUCCACUCACUUGACGCACCGAACCGAACCGCACUGCGCCGCGGCGAUCAAGCAGAUCCCAACCCUGAGUGGCCGCCGAGACCCGCAGCAACUGCUUCCAACUCGGUCGCCUGCAGUGCGAUGAUCAGCCGAGGGGCGGCGGGCGCCGGGAACCGGAGGAGUAGGAUACCAUGAAGGCGCCGCCGCUGCUACCGGCGGCGGCGGCGAAGAGGCGGAUGGGCCCGCGCGUGGCGGUGCUCGCGCUCGUCCUCUGCUCCCUGCUCGUGCCCUUCACCUUCCUCUUCGACCGCUCACCCUCCGGUUAUGUGACGACGGAGGAGCGGCACCGACAGGAGGUCGUUCUCCCUUCGUUCGAGCACGUGGAGGAGAGGGCUGGUCGUGGUGCUGUCGGUGGAGUGAGACAGGAUGCACCAAAGAAGAUACCUAAAGGUAGUGCUGGAGGCAUUCAGCAUCAUAAGCAGAUUGAUCACCACUUGUCCAGUGGUCGUGCUAAACCAAAAGUUCUUCCAUCACCAAAAGUUAAACCAUCGAAGGCUGUGACGGAAUCAACUCGAGGCACAAGAGAGGUUGGCAAAGAUAUAAAUGGGCGACAAAAAGGUGCAAAAGCUGAUGAAGUGGAAAAGGCGAAAGCUUGUCAACUUGAAUUUGGGAGCUAUUGUCUCUGGUCCAUAGAACACAAAGAAGUAAUGAAAGAUUCUAUAGUGAAAAGGCUGAAGGACCAGCUCUUUGUAGCGCGCUCAUACUAUCCAAGCAUUGCAAAACUUCAAGGACAGGAAGCUCUGACUCAGGAAAUGAAGCAAAACAUACAAAACCAUGAGAGGGUUCUUAGUGUAUCUACAGUUGAUGCUGAUCUACCAUCCUUUAUCAACAAGAGGAUAGAGCAGAUGGAGCAAACAAUAGUGAGAGCCAAAUCUUGCACCGUGGAUUGUAACAAUGUUGACAGGAAGCUUCGCCAGAUACUUGAUAUGACCGAGGAUGAAGCUCAUUUUCAUAUGAAGCAGAGUGCAUUCCUCUACAAUCUCGGUGCCCAGACAUUGCCGAAAAGUCAUCAUUGUCUUUCUAUGAGGUUGACAUUAGAAUAUUUCAAAUCGUCUUCGUUGAAUUCAGAUGAUUCUCCUUCUCGCAAGUUCAGCGAUCCAAAAUAUAGGCACUAUGUUAUACUGUCUAAGAACAUUCUUGCAGCUUCUGUCGUGAUCAACUCAACUGUGAGCAGCUGUAAGGAGCCAGACAACCUUGCUUUUCAUAUCCUAACUGAUGCUCAGAACUUCUAUGCCAUGAAGCACUGGUUUGCCAGGAAUUCGUAUAAAAAAGCAGCACUCCAUAUCAUAAACUAUGAAGGCGUUAUUUUGGAGAAGUUGCCAAAAUAUAGUAUCCGGCAGCUCUAUUUGCCAGAGGAGUUUCGUUUUCUCAUUAGGAGCAUUAAGCAGCCUACUGAGAACACAAGAAUGGAAUACCUGUCACUGUUCAGCCACUCGCAUUUCCUUAUUCCAAAAAUAUUCAAGAAUCUAAACAAGGUGGUUGUGUUGGAUGAUGAUGUAGUUGUUCAACGUGAUCUGUCUUUCUUGUGGAAUAUUGAUAUGGGGGACAAGGUAAACGGUGCUAUCAAAUUUUGUGGUCUGAAACUGGGUCAAGUGAGAAAUCUCUUUGGUAAAACAGCAUAUGAUCCCAAGUCAUGUGCAUGGAUGUCAGGGGUGAAUUUGAUUAAUUUGGAUAAAUGGAGGGAACAUAAUGUUACAGAGAAUUAUCUGCUACUCAUGAAAAAGUUCAAAUACAAGGAUGAGGAAUCUCUGCGAGCAGCGGCAUUUCCUUUAAGCUUGCUAUCUUUCCAACAUCUCAUCUAUCCCCUUGAUGAAAAGUUGACUCUGGCUGGACUUGGAUAUGAUUAUGGAAUUGAUGAAGAGAUUGCUCAGAGAUCUGCAUCAUUGCACUACAAUGGUAAUAUGAAACCUUGGCUUGAACUAGGUAUACCGGACUACAAGGAAUACUGGAGGAGGUUUCUCAUUCAAGGAGAUCGAUUUAUGGAAGAGUGCAAUGUAAAUCCAUAACACAGAUGAACCUGAAAAUCAGAACUGAAUUUCUACAUCCGCUGGCCUCACUAAAGUUUUGUAUCGGCUGAUUGGAUGCAUGUAAAGCCCCAAAACUAAUGCAGUGGCACUGUGCACCAGAACAACAAACACAGCUGUUGAACAGGAAAAGCGGUGCAGUCAUUGGCUAUCAGUGUUGAAAGGAGUGGGUAGAUGCAGCUCAUCUGUUCAAAGAAUUAACAGGCUUGAUUGACAGUUUCUGCGUUCUGGGACUAGUCAUAAAUCAGAUGACUAUGCACCAGCAAGCAAGGAUGAUAAGAGUUAUGCUUCAAGUAAACAGUCAAACACAUCGUCCAGAUUAAUAGAUAGGAUUUUUUAUGAGUCUUAGCACAUUUACUCAAACCAGUGUGUUACGGUCGUCGAUGCUGAUUUUUUGUUGCCAUUUACCCCUCUGCCAAUAAGGGCACCUACAUGUAUUCUUUAGUUAUGUUUUUGUUCUUAGUUGUAGCGCAUGGUUAUUUAUCAAAAGUACGAUCCUGGAAAGGUUGUUCUCCAAA